UAGCCCGAAAAAGGUUGAAUAUUAACCAAAAUGGCGACAUUCAUGUCCAUCGAUCUCAUUAAAUAUCUGUGCAAUUGUGGCAAAAAAUGUCCUAUCUGUCGAAUGUAUUUAUGCAAGCAUUGUUUAAAGUUAAGAUGCAUAGAUUGUGUACAGCAUGAGGUAAUUGCUAAAUGUUUAAAUUUAAUUAAAUUUUAAAAGGAAGAAAUUCAUCAGCCCUUUUUUUUUAGUUUACAAUUAAAAAUUACAAAUGAUAAAUGUAUGAGUCAUAAUAUAUUUUAAUCAAAGAUUUUAAAAUAAGCCUAUAGACUUAUUGGUAAAAGCGGAGUUCAGCUGCGCAUAUUAUUUCUUAACGUAUUUCGUAUUUAAUCAUGUAAACGUACGUGUAUUCUUUAUUAAUUAAAUACAGGCAGUUAUAAGUUAUAGUUAACUAAUACUGAAUUUUAAAUGUCCCUUUUUCUUUUUAUUUGAUUUCUAAAGAGUCUUUAAAUUUAAACAUCCCCCAACCAAAGUAACAUAGCCCCAUUUGUUUUGGGUUUUUUUUUUCGGCCUAUGGCCAGAUUUUUAACCACCUAUACAUUAGUAUGAUAAACGAAAUUUUUAAACUGUAGGCAUGUUCACAAAAAAGAAUGAAAUUUAGAUUUUUAAUUUUUUAUUAUCACACACCGUUGCUUGUAUUGGUAAUUUUUUUUCCUUUUUUAUAAAAAGUUAAUCAAAGAAAUAAAAUUACGUUAACUAAAUUUUAAAAUUACUUUUAAUAAAAGUUUUAUAUAUUUUAUUUUAUUACUAUAUAAUGUAUACGAUUGAGUGGGGGGGGGGUUUUUAAAAUUGAGUGGGCCUGCAGCAUUGCAAAAGGUUAAGAAUUCCUGCCCAAAGCAUUUCAGCCCCUCCCCCCACCUGGUCAACCAUUUUUUUAAGGUAAAAAAAAUAAUUUAAUAAUGUCUGUAAUUUAGGGUUAUUAGUGUAAUUUUUUACUACAAUAUUCCCCCUUUCAUGUAAUGUCACAUUGCUUAAACCCCCCCCCCCCCCCGGGUCACAAAUUGUCACAAAAAUGUGACCCACCCUACACCUGUGACGUCAAUUAUGGAUGGCCUCUUUACUCAUCCUAACAAAUCAGCAUCAUGUCAAAUGAAAAAUUUUUCACAAUUUAGACAUCCUCAUAAUAGAUUGGCAUUGGUUACAAAGUCGUGACGCCCACCCCCCGCCCCCCUUUUCCGUGGUUGAAAAAAAUCUGGCAAGCCUUGGUGUGUCAUAUAAUUUGAAUUAGUUAAAUAAGUAGCUAUUUAUUGUUUGUUGUAAUUAUAUGUAUAAGAUCAUUAAGGUUGUAAAUCUUAAGCUUAAUUUGACACAAAAUAUGUAUUAUUAUAAUUAUUAUACAAUUGUCUUUAACACAUUGCGGUGGGGACAAAUAAUAGAGGUCAUCUAGAAACAUAUAAAUUAGAUAAGAGUGACUUUGUCUUAGUUCCACUCACACUUAUACUUUAAUUUAAUUAAGGGAAGACAAAUUUUCACCAUAACCUCAGGCAAAAGUGUACUUGACCAAAUGGCUGCUGUAUUCUGUAUUAUAAUGAAUGGAGGAAAAACUGUUAGUACAAACUCUCCAACCCUCACUUAGCGCACUGCCAUUUUAUGAGACAAAAUUGUUACGUUAAAAAAAUAUUUAGCAUGCCACUUUGCCUGAGGCAUAUGUAUAAAAUAAAUCUUGUUGCAGGUAUUUACUCAAAGUACAAAAUUUAAUUAUUAUAAUAAUUAUAAUCAUAACCAGUGAUGGAUAGGGGGUGUGGCAUUAUGACUUUAUAAAAAUUAAUAACUGUAUGUGAAUACAGAUACCAUGGUGAUAUGGGUUUUAGUCCAAAAUCCCCUGCAAUUAUAGUUUGCAUAGUUUAUAAUAAAUAUAACAUAAUCACCCAUGAGUAGAAGAUCAUAAAUUUGACCUAAAUAGACUUAUAUUGUAGGGGUGUGCCGGAUCCGUUUUUUCCAACCGGAUCCGGAUCCGGAUUUUCUUAUGCGAAAUCCGCCGGAUCCGGAUUCCGGUUUCUCCCGGAUUCCGGAUUUUGGUACUAUUGGUAGAUACUUCGGUAAGUCAAGGUAGACUACUACUUUUUGUGUAUGGGAAUUCGCAAUCGGCGCCAAAAAAUCCGAGUUUUUAAUUUUCCGAUGUGUGUGUCUAUUUAUUAUUAAAUUAGUACUUUCGAUAUAUAUUUGAGUUCCGUUCCAUUUGGAUAAGUGUCUUACGAGAGACGCCAUGUUUCUACGCGUUCGCAGCAGGUCAUGCAGCUCGCUCAACCUAAUUUCGCCAUGGGGUUGGCCACGCCCCCCUUUUUAAUGGCGGAAGUUGACGAUACUUAGGAAAUAUUAAUUUAUUAUCACUAUUUACAUCAAAAUAAUUGAUAACUUGUGUUUCAGAAUGCAUUUAAAGACAUUUAAACUGGAAUGUUUUAAUUUGAGCUUUAACAACCCGGUAGAAUCCAUAUUAUAAAUGAUCAGAAUUUACCGUGUGCAACACGUUGUCAUUGGCAACCAUUCACAGCCACUUGCAUAACUGUAUCGUAGUACUACCUCAGAGUUUCAUUCAUAAGAGUUUGCCGUGUGCAAAAACUAUUAAACCAUUGGUCAGGGAAAGCUUUAAUUAAUUAUUCAUGUGCCAAAGUUGAAAGUUUAAACUAAGUCUAAACAGUAUUUUAGUGAUAAGGCAGGGAAUGCGUUGCCUUAUAUAAACUAUAUAGUCAUUGCGCAUGACGGGAUUGGUGGAAUGAGAUCACAGAAUGUGGAGAUGCAGUCCAUGUUAAAAAAUGACAAACCAAGUCGUACUUUAAAAAUUCAUAACUUUAAAACUACAACAGCUAAAAAUAUGAUUUUGGUGUUAUAAUUCUUUAAAAAAUUACAUCUUUUCAACUAUGCCAUUGGUUUAUUUUUACAAAAAGUUUAAAUUUCUUAUCAAAGUCCCUACACUAUUGGCCACUAUUAGCGGUGCUGACUCUAGCCUCUGGUAUGUACGGAAUAUUAAACAUUAAACAAGCUCAACGCUCGAAACAAUCGAUUAAUGUAUCGUGAUCGUGUGAAAUUCGGGAAAGAGAAUUACUUUUAUUUCAGAUUAUGAUCCGGUGAGUCACAAAAUCUGGCAAAUUCCGAAAUCCGGUAUAUUCCGGAUUCCGGAAUCCGGUUGUUCCGGAUACAUGUAAAUCCGGCGGAACCGGAUUUCACCGGAUAGUGCAAAAUCCGGCGGAACCGGAUUCCGGACCGGGGUCCGGCACACCCCUAUUAUAUUGACAUUACUUGAGUUUGUUUUGCUUUUUUUUGUUUUUUUAUUAGUGGUUGUAAAAUGCGGAAAUUCCUCCUUCAUUUUUAAGUAGUGUUGUCAUUUUUCAUUUUGUUGGGUCUAAUUACACAAUCCAUUUAUCCUUCCAAUCUUAGGUUGACUCACCAUAUUGUCCUAGCUGUUUGGAAAGCAUGCCAGUAUCAGAAGCAAAACUGAAAAAAAAUAGGUAAGUGUUUUUUCCAGUAUAAAAUUGUUUGGUACAUUAUAUACAAUGUUUUUCUACAUUUUAUUUUGUUUAAAGUAAAAUGCUAAUUUAAAUAUUUAUAUUGUUCUUGCUGGUAAGUUGUAUAAUAUUUUUUAUCAAAAUAAAUUACUUUUUAAUUAAUUUAUAAUUGGAAAAAGUAUGUUAAACAGCUUUAUAUUUUAAAUUAAUCUAGAUGUAUCAACUGCUUUGACUGUCCAUUAUGUGGCCACACCCUGAUGACAAGGGCUACUAGUCAGGUUUCUCCCAACCCUGAUGACCCCAGCAAAGCAGUCACCAGGAAAAUGUACUAUAUGGCCUGUGGGUUUUGUCGAUGGAGCACUCGGGAUGUUAAUCUUCCAGAUCAGAAUGUUGGUAAGAGCUUUUUAUUGUUGUGUUGGUAUCCAAGAUAUUUCACGUGUUGGAAAGCUAAUGGAUUACAAUUUUAUGCCUUCGCAUCCCAGAAUAGAACUUAAAUUUGCUUACAAUAGUGCAAAAUUAAAAUUUUGGAUAACAGUAAUCAGUAGAUUUUAAAAAAGAUUUAUACUUACCUACUUUUUUUUUCCACUGUCUUACUUACUUUCCACUGUCUAAACUGGUGGAACUAAAUUGUUAUUCGUUAAUACUGAAGUACGAAACGUUACGUAAUAAAAUCAUUUGACUAUUUUAGUAAUUAAAAAAUAAUAAUAAAUUUCCUAGCUAAAAGGAAAAACAAAUCUGCCAGCCGAUUAUCUAUUUAAUCGCUUUGAAGUAUUAUUAUUUAUUACUUUUUUCAUUUCUAAGCCACUGGAAACUGGCCAGUGAUGGAAAACCCCAAUGCCAAGCGAGUAAGUACGGUUACAACCUUUUAUUUUCUUUUAGGCACUUUAUAAAAAAUAAUUUUAUUUAAAUUGUCGUCAAUUUUUAUUGAAAUAGAAUCUUGUAUUUUAUUUUUUAAAAAUCCAUUCUACUACUUUAUUUCUGUAGAUUUCAAAUCUUUUGGAAAACUAUAAGCUCAUCGCUCAAGUAGAGAAGGCUGAACGGGAACGUAAAAAGUAUGUGAAACGUAGGAGUCAUCUUUAUCUGCAGGUAAGACAUUAUAAUUUAUAAUAGAUUUGAAAAAUUUUGUAUCAAAUGUUUACCGGUGUUUGGAACAUUUAAAUCAAUAUAAUAAUUUAAUUCUUAAAAUUAUCUAAUUUGAACAGGAAAAGUACAACAUGUCUCCAGCAAUUGUAAAGAGAAAGGGUAUGGCUUCCUUUUCUAGUUUAAGGUAAGCUUCUCAAUUACUCAAACUGUUACCUGUGUUAGGACACACAUCUUAUGGAUUUCAUUUAUUUAAAAAAUGUUUACUUUGACUUUCAUUGCCAUCUUCUUCUUCUAUAUAUUAAAGGCCCAUGAUCAAUUUAUUGAUCAUUUUGGCUCCUAUGCAUGUAGAGGGGAUUUUCAAUGUUUCUGUGCCUGGUGUUGAAGAGGAUAUUUCACUGGUUGCAAGGGUUACUCAGUGAGGGUAUCGUGAACUGGGAGUUGGAAGGCUUGAGGCAAUAGAUGCAAUUGUUUCAAGUGUUUUCGCCUCAUCUGAUUUCGAUGUUGGCUGAAUGAAGGAUACAGGUUUCUGCAUCCAUUAUAUCUUAAAAUGGUUGUUUCUAUUUUGAAAGAUUUCAUGCCAAACAGCUGGAUUUCAAAUUUUGUAUUUAUUAAAAAAGGUGCAUACAUAUCAUUUUGAGUGGUUCUUCGUCUAUGAUGUAUAAUAUAUUCUUACUAUCAAGUAAGGAUAAAUAAUUCUAUUAAUAAAUCAAGGAAAAUGUCACCCUGUCAUAUGUUAUGAUUGACAUUUAUGUACCAGGAUAAGGUUUAACAAAUUUAAUCUGUUGUUUUAAAAUGUUGCUUGUUAGUAGAACAAAACAACAAAUGGCGAAAACCUGUACUAAAAAAAAUGAUACCAAAGCUAGUGAUAUUAACAAUAAUCAAUUUAUUUAUACCGUUUUAACAAUUCUGAUAUAAAAGUACAAAAUCAAAUAUAUAGAAAUAAAAAGAUUCUGUUUACUUACAGCUUGUGAAUUCAUAUAACAAUAGAAAGGCAAAGAUAUCAAUCCUCACAUACAGACAUACUGAAAAGACUUGUAGUUCUAUUAUUUCUCUUGUAUCUCUCGUAAGUUUGGUACAUCUUGUAUUUCUGCCAUUCACAAGUCACACUCGACCGUCGUAUUUAUAGCUAGUAGAUUAGAAUUUUCUAGGAUUAGAAAGUCUUAGAAAUUCAAUUGCCAAAGAGUAUAUCCUUCUGGAAAUGUAAACAGUCAAUGCUAAUCAGAGGAGUUGGGAAGGGGUGAUAGGACGUGUCACCAAGUUAAUUCGUGACGAUAUAAAAAUAACAGGGUGAUAAAACUCCGCUUUGAACUAAAAUUCAGUUCAACACACAGGCCAUAACACAUAAAUUCACUUAUUUUAAGUGUGUAGUUUAAACACUAUUUGCCUAUGCUGAGUUUGUUUUAAUUUCAGUUUAAAGGAAGGGGAUAAAACUCCAGAUGAUUUGGAUCAAAGUGAAACAGUUAGCAGCUUUGAUCCCUUGCCAACAGAGUUUUUUACUAAGCCAGCUGCUUUAGAUAAAAGUGAGUACACUGAUUGUGUAACAUACAUUACAUUAAUUUGUAGUUUUACUCAUUUAAGCUUACUUUUUUUUUCACCAUUUUUAUAUGAAAAAUAUUAUUAUUAUAGUUUUUAUUUUUUGUUUAAAAAAUAUUGUUUUUAAAAUUGAGUAGCUUGAGAGAUACUCUGCCAUAACAUUGCUAUCUUUGCCAUUUUUUCAAAUUUAAGUAACUUUAGUCUGAAACGACUACAUUAAUAUGUUUUAUUGUUUUCUAAGUUACCAAGCUGACUCACAGGUUUAUGCUACCUGAGUUCCAGCCAGAUGAGACAUCCAAGCUACAUCCUGUUCGCAAGCACCUGCUGAUGAGGAAGUCUCUUCGAUGUAGUGUAGGUUAUUGGAAUGUUGUUUCUAAGUUAUUAACCAUAUUAAUGGUUGAAUAAAGUUAAUCAUACCCAACACAAACAUUUAGGAACAGAAUGUGUUGUUUAUCAGUUGCAUUUUUUAGUAGCCUGUUUAGUUUUAUAAUACAUAGUUUAACUAAAUAUGAAAUUAAAUGAAUCAAUUUAAUUAAUAAAAUAUGAAAUGAAAUGAAUAAUUUGAAAAAAAUAAUAAAGUAUUUUUAGCGUAAAAGAAUCCUAAUAAUUCACUGAUAGUCUUAGAUUUAAUUCUUGCUUGAUUUUAUAAUUUUAACAAUACUUUUAUAGCCGUUUUUAAAAUUCAGACUCCAUGUUUGAUAAUGCAACUAAAUAAUGCACAUAAUUUGUUCAUCUGUGUCUGUUUGAUUAAAUAAUAUGUCAUUGAAAGUCUGAAUUGAGCAAGAAUUAAGUGGCCAUAAUAUAAUGAAAGGUUUCUUUUGUUGACAAACACUUAGCGAGCGUGCAGGCGUCACAAUCUUUUGGUGUUAUAUCCAGCCACACAUAGACAAAUAAUUUAUUUGCCUUUUAUUCUCAAUUUUUGUUAUUUCUUAUUUUCAAUUUAGGAAUGUGAACACAAUUUGAGUAAAGCCGACUUUAAUCCAAACUCUAUUAAAUUUAAAAUCCAGUUAACUGCAUUGUAAGUAUGCUUGUAAGGAAUUUUUGAUAAUGUAAGUGUUGCUAUUAUAAAGGAUAUUUUAUAUUUGCAAAUUACAUGAAAAUUCAGGAAACAGAAUAUUUAUUUAGUGUUAACAGAAUUGAAACAGAUUUAUGUUGAAGUUGAAAAAGUGUUUAGACAUAAAGUUUAGAAAUCUAAAAUUAAAAUAGUAUGCUAUAAUCCUCAAAAGAAGUGCACUUAAACUUUUAAGUAAGGGGCUAACCAUAAGAUUAUACACUGAGGAGGGGGGGUUGUUGGUUUGGAGAUUUUGCGUAUGGGGGCAUAAGGCAGACCAGGUUACUUGUAUGAUUUUGGCAUACAAUGUUUGAUUUAGAGAUGCUUUUUACAAUAGUAUGCCCAGACCUGUCAGAACUACUAUUUUAAGAGUCUGUAAAAAAUAUAUUCUGGUAGUUUUUAUUAUUAAAAAAAACAUAAUAAACCUUUUUCAAUUGAUAGUUUUAGCUCCUUUUUACAUUCGGCAGUGAAUAGAUAGAGAAAUACGAUUGUUUGAGGACUAUCCAUAAUUAUAUUAUGUACUCUGAGUGUUGAUGACUUAUGAGCCUACCGGUUUAAAUAGAAGGGGGUAAGGGAUAGGUGAAUAAAUAUUUUUAAAAGCUAUAAAAUAAGAUUGCCAUUAUAAUGAUGGUGAUGAUAGUCAUAUUGUUGUUUUGCGUUAUCACAAUGAACUCAUUAGAUACAGCAACAGUAAUAUUUAGUGAAGUCGCCAUAAUUCGCUUUUGUUAGUUUCGGUGCUGUAUGAUGCAAGUUUGUGCAUGAUUGUUUUAUUCUUCAGCUGAACCGCAAUUGCGAAAAUGGAGAAAAAUUAAUUUUUAUCGGUGCAUUUCAAAUGCUCCAUAUGGCUGCGCUAGAUUUGGCAUAUUUUAGAUCUAGUAAACGUCAUUUGAAAUCUAUUUUUAGAAGUCACUAAACAGCUGUAAAUUUUAAUAGCCCAAUUUGGUUUCAUGCACUCCUUCCCUUCUCCCAAUACAGCUCUGCUUGUUUAUUAGACUAUAGGCGCCUAGGCUUAGUGCAAGGACUGAUUCAAAUUGAAAAUGAUUGAAAUAAGUCAUCUCAAAACUUAAAUAAAAAUUAUAAAAAUAAUUUUACUAUUUUUACUAUUUAUGUAACUACUAAAAUAAAAAGAAUUUAUAUAAACAAAGCUAGGUAGUGGGAACCUAAUUUUGAAAGGAUAAACAAACCCUCCCCACCCCCACUUUUGCUUGGGUGACUUUGGCGGUUGCCUUCGAUUUCCACCCCAUCUUCUUCUAUCAAAGUGCCAGUAGUUAUUGUAUACAUUAUAAUUAUACGGUAUGUUUCUCUCUUUACUAUUACAAUAUGGUAUUGUAUGAUUUUGUUGGGGUAAAGAUUUAUUCUUAAAUGAUAUUGUACUAUUUUGGGAGUUACAGGGUAACCAGGUCUGAUAUGACAGAUGAGGGUGUCUGCAGAAUGUGCACAAACAAUUAUGCACAAAUUUUGCAAAUAAUUAUCAUCAACUUAUGACUGCCCAUAUAUGAUAUAUACCCAUGUAUAUCUCUAAGGAAAGUAGAGACCGACCGAAAGUGAUUUUCUGAUUUCGGCCGAAGCCGAAAAUAGGCCGAAAGUUUAAAAUGACUUUCGGCCGAAACCGAAAAAAGGCCGAAAGUUUAAAAAUGACUUUCGGCCGAAACCGAAAAAAGACCGAAAGUUUAAAAUGAAUUUCGGCCGAAACCGAAGCCGAAACCGAAAAUGAAAUAUUAAGAUAUUUUGAAAUUCGUUCCCGCAUACAUUCUGCUUACGUGGGAAAAUAUAAAUAUUUACAUUCUUUUUAUAAAAAUGAGAUACUCGUAAAUAUUAAUAAAUAAAAAUCUAAUUUAGGGUUCUCAAACUCGCGGCCAGCGAGCCAUUUGUGACCCGCAAGACGAUAUCUUGCGGCCCGCUACAUGACAGAAAAGUUUAGUGUAAAUGCGCCGGCCCGUUUCCCCCAUUCUCAUAUAUAUAACGUGACUCUCCGCGACGGUUUCAGUGGAAUCUCACCGACUAAUCUAAUUCUGAUUUUUUUUUUUAAUGUCUCUAUAUAUUUUUGUAUGCCAGCUCUCUGGCAACAGUGAGUAGGUGGAUGAAAGUGAAACCUAGUUCUUGAGAACCCUUAAUGAUUUUUUUGUUAUUUAUAAAGGUUGACCAGAUUGUAACAGUUGUAAUCGCUUUUUUGUGGAUUACUUGAUGCGGCCCACUCUCAUUCAGACACUACCUCCUGCGCCCCCCCCCCAACCGACCGAAAGUGAUUUUCUGAUUUCGGCCGAAGCCGAAAAUAGGCCGAAAGUUUAAAAUGACUUUCGGCCGAAACCGAAAAAAGGCCGAAAGUUUAAAAAUGACUUUCGGCCGAAACCGAAAAAAGACCGAAAGUUUAAAAUGAAUUUCGGCCGAAACCGAAGCCGAAACCGAAAAUGAAAUAUUAAGAUAUUUUGAAAUUCGUUCCCGCAUACAUUCUGCUUACGUGGGAAAAUAUAAAUAUUUACAUUCUUUUUAUAAAAAUGAGAUACUCGUAAAUAUUAAUAAAUAAAAAUCUAAUUUAGGGUUCUCAAACUCGCGGCCAGCGAGCCAUUUGUGACCCGCAAGACGAUAUCUUGCGGCCCGCUACAUGACAGAAAAGUUUAGUGUAAAUGCGCCGGCCCGUUUCCCCCAUUCUCAUAUAUAUAACGUGACUCUCCGCGACGGUUUCAGUGGAAUCUCACCGACUAAUCUAAUUCUGAUUUUUUUUUUUAAUGUCUCUAUAUAUUUUUGUAUGCCAGCUCUCUGGCAACAGUGAGUAGGUGGAUGAAAGUGAAACCUAGUUCUUGAGAACCCUUAAUGAUUUUUUUGUUAUUUAUAAAGGUUGACCAGAUUGUAACAGUUGUAAUCGCUUUUUUGUGGAUUACUUGAUGCGGCCCACUCUCAUUCAGACACUACCUCCUGCGCCCCCCCCCCUCAUAAUUUGAGUUUGAUACCCUUGAUCUAAUGAAUACUUUGGAUUUUACCAUUUUAAUAUAAAACUAAUUUAAAUUGCUUUACAAUUUUUUUCAAAUGUGAAUGGUAGGAGAAAAUUUGGCAGAAAUUGGGGGGUGGGGGGUAGAGGAGGGGAAAUUAAUGAAAAAUAUUAUUUUUUUGAAACCGGGUCUCUAAAAAAUGUGGUUCUAAAAGAUCACUUAAUUUGUUCUUAAAGAUCGCUUAUUUUGUUGUUAAAGAUCGCUUAGUUUGUUGUUAAAGACCGUUUAAUUGGUUGGUUGUUAUUGAUCGGUUAGUUUGUUGUGAAAGAUCGCUGAGUUUGUUCAUAAAGAUCGCUUAGAUUUUUCUAAAAUAUCGCUUAGUUUAAUCUUAAAGAUCGCUUAAUUUGUUCUUAAAGAAAGCUUAGUUUGUUGUUAAAGAUCAUUUAGUUUGUUGUUAAAGAUCGUUUAGUUUGUUGUUAAAGAUCGGUGAGUUUGUUCAUAAAGAUCGCUUAGAUUGUUCUAAAAUAUCGCUUAGUUUAAUCUUAAAGAUCGCUUAAUUUGUUCUUAAAGAAAGCUUAGUUUGUUGUUAAAGAUCGUUUAGUUUGUUGUUAAAGAUCGUUUAGUUUGUUGUUAAAGAUCGUUUAGUUUGUUGUUAAAGAUUUUUUUUAGUUUGUUGUUAAAGAUCGUUUAGUUUGUUGUUAAAGAUCGUUUUGUUUGUUGUUAAUGAUCGUUUAGUUUGUUGUUAAAGAUCGUUUAGUUUGUUGUUAAAGAUCGUUUAGUUUGUUGUUAAAGAUCUUUUAGUUUGUUGUUAAAGAUCGUUUAGUUUGUUGUUAGAGAUCGUUUAGUUUGUUCUUAAAGAUCGUUUAGUUUGUUGUUAGAGAUCGUUUAGUUUGUUCUUGAAGAUCGUUUAGUUUGUUCUUAAAGAUCGUUUAGUUUGUUCAUAAAGAUCGCUUAGUUUGUUGUAAAUUCGCUUAGUUUUUUCAUAAAGAUCGCUUAGUUUGUUCUUAAAGAUCUUUCAGUUUGUUUUUAAAGAACAUUAAGUCUUCUGUUAAAGAUCGCUUAGUUUAUACUUAUAAAUCAUUAAAGAUCAUUUGUUUUGUUCUUAAAGAUCAUUUAGUUCGGUCUUAAAAAUCGUUUAGUUUGUUAUUAAAGAUCGCUUAGAUAGCUCUUAAAGAUCGCUUAGUUUGUUUUAAAGAUCGUUUAGUUUGUUCAUAAAUGUCGUUUAGUUUGUUGUUAAAUUUCAUUUAGUUAGUUCUCAAAGAUCGCUUAAUUUGUUCUUAAAUGUCGCUUAGUUUGUUGUAAAAUAUCGCUUUCGCUUAAUAUUAAAUGACCGAAAACCUGAGUAACUUACGGCCGGAUGGCCGAAAGUCUAAGUCAAUUUCGGCCGAAACCAAAGAAAAACCGAAAGAUAACUUUUCUCUUUCGGCCGAAACCGAAAUUAAGCCGAAAGUUAACUUUCCAGUUUCGGCCGAAACCGAAACUUUGCCGAAAGUGAUAAAAUGGCCACUUUCGGCGCCAAAACCGAAGCCGAAAUUCGGUCGGCCUCUAAAGGAAAGCCAACUCCGGGAAAUACAUUCUAAUUCAACAUGAAAACAUAUCUUAAAGAAGAAGCAUGUUAACCUCAUCCCCAAAAUUGUUUGACUUUAUUAGAUGCUACUUUAGAAAUGCUUUCAUGAUGGGCUACUUUAGAAAUGCUUUCAUGAUGGGCUACUUUAGAAAUGCUUUCAUGAUGGGCUACUUUAGAAAUGCUUUCAUGAUGGAUUUAAAUAACUUCCGGUCUACCUUGCUAAGCUGAUUUAUAAUUUAUUCUCUUGUCUUUAUUGUUUGAGCUGAACAAGGCUCUCAGCAGAGACUUACUAAUCAUUGUCUUCUGUCUUUAUUAAGGCUUUCACAUACCACAUCCUUUACUAUUUUAUUCAAGGGCAUUGGAAGGGUGGGAAGUGACAGGAGGGUUUUGUCAUGUUCUUUUCCUAAAAAUUUAGAAUUGUGAGUGAAAUAAAUGAUACUUUCCUGAUAGUUUUAUCAUUGUGAAGGUAGUUUGUGUCAUCCUUUUAUUUAUAGUUUGUUAUCUGACAAUGAACAGGUGAAUAAAUAGAUAGUAAAAGCCAGUAAGAAUUAACAAUCACUGAAAUGACAUGGUGGCAAAUGCAUUUUUUAAUAUUGUUUUUACUGAAGGACAAAAAACAUUUCAUGUAGAUCUAAUACUUUUUAAGUUAAAGCAAAAUACAUGCAUAAUUUUUUUUGUUAGGACUUUUUUUAAUUGUGUAAUUAUUUUCAUACUGAUUUGUACCCAUUUGUACAUUUUCCACACAUCUCUCAAAAUUUCCCAACAUUUACGAGUUAAAAUAUAAAGAAAAGUCUGCAUUUUUCUUACUAGGCAUUGGAUACCUGAGGUGAGAAUAAUGACACCAUCUACCUUCAAUCUUAACAAGGUGAGUAAAAGUUAACUGUUAUUAACAAAUUGCUCAUUUCCUAUUCAGAUGUUAUUCAUUUAAGUUUUAUUUAAGAUUAUCAUUUAAUCAUUAAUUCAAAACUUUUCCCAAACUAGAAAAAUUUAAGUUGAAGGGAAAUAAAUGAAAAAUAUUGAGAUUAUUUUUUAAAACAGCUAUGAAAGGUGUUUUUAAAGGAAAAAAAAACCCUUUCAUCUUAAUCUAUAUUCCAUUUCAAAAUGGCAGUAAAUGUAAUUGUAAAAGUGCUCUCCCUUUCACCAAUCUGAGUCUUACGAAGCUCUGGUGAUUUAACUAUUGUGCGUAAAUUAAAACAUCUUGAUUAAUUGGCUUCAAAUAUUCAUUUCCAGGAGACUGUUGUUACUUUGACCUUAAGUAAUCCAUCAGUGUUCAACACAACUGUAACUCUAUCUCAGAUUGAAAAUGAGACUGACACAGACUACUGUACAGCAAAGGUUGGUAGCUGUCUUCAUAAUGUAAGCAACUUUGUUGCUGCCUUAGUUAGCCUUGCAAUCUAUUCUUAUUUUUAUAAUUUCAUUACCAAAAAGUUAUUUAAGCUGCUUGCAUAUUAUCAAGGGCCCUCAGCGUAAAAAUAAAAUAAUUGAAGAUUUCUUACCACUUUUUGCUUGGCACAUCUUAUGCAAUACAGAAAGUCACAGAUCUGGCAAUAUUUAUAACCUGUUGACCCAUGUGUAUUUGACUGACUUUUCCUUUUUUAUUGAUUCAAAUAGUCCACACAAGGUGACUAUCAGAGAUACGUUUAAUGUUGUCAUUAAUGUAACGUUAAAUUGUGUGCUGGGUGGCCGAGCAGUCUAAACUAAGUCAAUACCAAGCUUGUCGACCGUAGCCCAAUCCCAAGCAUAAGCCUAGACAAGCAAAAACAGCACCAGCACCGCAGGUGGAUGGGACUCAUUAACCGUGAAUGGAAAUUCACCUAAGUGAAGGCAACUCUGAAAUCAAACAUGGAGAUUGCGUCUUGUAGGCGGGAUGACAUUGAAACAAUGAAAAUUUUGACAUGGUACACAUAAAGAGCACAGUGAAAAACAAAAAAAAACAAAACAAAAAAACAACUGGUCAUCUACUGCCUCGAGGUCUAUUUCCAGUUGUCUAUUUCUAGUCUCAACUAAAUCUUGCCUAUGGAUCAAAUAUUCAAGGAUGAGAUAGUGAGGCUGAUGAAUUGAGCUUUUAAACAAAAUACAGCUCAAGUUAAGUCCACUGCUCAAGUCAAAUAUUGCCUUUUUCUUCACAUGCUAAGAACAAACAAUAUAUUAUACAUAUAAUGUUAAAUUGUUCAGCAAUCUCUGAUAUUAUUGAUUUCCAACUAAUCUAGGUCGAGCUUCCCAAGAAAGAAAUAGUCCUGGCUAGCAGAGAUGAGGCCUCAAUGCAUGUGUAUGAGGAGAGCACUGCCACACAUGACUUUAAGGAUGAUCCCAAGUAAAUAUUGAUUGGAAUGCCUGGUAGCGUUUUAUAAAUUCUUAAAAUUACAAAGAGUAAUAAUUUGUAUGUAUAUAUUUUUUUAUAUUUUGAGGUGGGUGUGUGGGGGCAGUUACGGUUAUUUCAAGAUUAAUAUGAAUUUUGCGCUAUGUGACAGCACCAUGUCAUGGAGUCAGAGGAUGGUAAGAUUGGGAAAGUUAUUUUUUCCCAGUGUGUUACAUGCAAUGUUAGUAGCCAAAAUAAUAAUGUGACUAUAUGUUUUAUUUUUCAGAUUGAUAGCUUUCCGUAAAGGCAAUAAGGUUGGAUUUAUAGUAAAAGUGACACCAGUAGUCAAAGAUAGUGAUGUGAAGGUCAGUAAUGCUUCCCGAAUAUUUGUGAAUUGUUUAUCUCCUUGUGAACAUUAUUUUGUCUCAGUUUUAUCCUUCUCAAUUUUUACAUCUCAAAUUUUUUUUCGCAAGCCAAAAGGUGCUAGCCCUCCCGCAACUGUUGCACAAGCUACAUUAGUAUCACAAUAUAAUUGAAUUUUAAUGAACUUUCCAUACCUCUUUAUUUUUCCUCACAAAAUCAGUUUUUAACUAAUUUUUAACAUUUGGAUUUCUAGAUUUGCUUUCUCUUGAAGCAUGAGUUUCGCAACACAACUGUUGCUGCCCUGCAAAGUGAGUCCAAAGAACCAGAGAUUGUUUGGCUGGAGCACAAAGUGUAUCUGUGUCUAGGAACAGUUUAAUCUACCACAGGACAUUUCCUAAUUUACAUUGUAUCUUGAUAAAUUUGCCAGAAAGUAAUUUUAUUUUACUUUGAAUAGGAUGUAGAUUAUUUAUAACUACCAUGGUCAUUUUCCCAUGAAGAAUUUGCUUUUUGACUUAAAAAGAAAGUUUAUAUAGCUGAACCUCAUGUAUAGUACAGUAGUUUAAUGGUCUUGUCAUGGGCCAAUGUUUUUUUAGACCUGCUAGCUGUUCUUAAGAUUGUGAUUGUGCUGGUCUGCAAUGUUGCCAUGAGUGUGCCUCUUCCAAAUGGUCAGUGUAAAGAACCUUAUCAAAGUGUUAGAUUUUAUGAUUCAACUGUAGACCUUUUUUUUUUUAUCAACCACUUUAAACUUUAUAGAUUUAGGUUAAGGGGAUUUUUGGUUAACACGGUACCAUAAUCAAGCCAACCAUGUUUGCCCAUGUUUACUACGCUUCAAUUUAUUUUCCCAUAAAUAACUGUCACAGUAAUGUAGCAGUACAAGUAUUUAUUGGUUAAGCUGUGGUGGGAUCAAGUGCAAUGCCUUUUAUGUUAUUUUAUGUAUCAGAAUAUGUAUCGAUCAUAUGGUCAUGAUCCAGCCUUUUUUUCUUUUUUUUCUUGUCAACAUAAUUAUUUUCAUAAGAUAUCCAUUAGUUUUGAACUAGAUAAAUACAUCAUGGUACGGACAGAAGGCUCCUAUCUUCUGGCAAGACAAUUUUUACUUAAGUUGUGUAUGUUUAUCUGGUAAUUUUGUUUACCGGUAUCAAUGAAUUGUAACAUCCCAGAAAGGAAAUAAUCAUUUUAAGCUAUUAUUAGUUAUGAAACAUAUUAAUCAAUAACCUUUUUCUGUUCAUUUAUCUGUUCAUAAUCAUUACAUUCAGAGUAUGCCUUUUCAUUAUUUAUUCAUCUAAAAAAAUAAUGCUGUCAAAUUCUUAGUUUUCACAUUAAAUGUACAGCUACUGACUUCCACAAUAUUUGUAUGCAUAACAUAAUACGGUAUAGCUCUUCACACCAUUCAUAACUGUAGCUUUUUGCCCUGGUAAAUAUUAAGUUAUAUUACACAGCUUUAAAAGUUGCUGUCCCAUGAAACGCUGGAGCUAAUCACUUGCAUACUUAUGUAAAAUAGCUUUGUUAAGCUUUGAAGUCAGCCUUACAUAUGAUAUUUAGAUUUCAACUUCCCUGAGCAAUGUGUAGAAAGUUCAUUGGCUGGUUGUUAACAUUUGACUCCAGCAGUAUCAAUAAUCAAUUCUCAGAGAUUGGUGAGUUUUUUGUUAAACUAUUAGUAUAUUUAUGAGUUAUGUAUUUGUAAAGCAUUUUUAAAUUCUUGUUUAAACUCAUUUUUUGUAUGUGAUAUUUGAAGAGAAAGAAAUUAUUAGAUUCAGUUACCUUUUUUUUAUUAAUUACACUAAUAUUGCUUCAAUAUAUAUAUUUGUAAAUGUUCAUUUUUCAAUUCAAAUAUAUUAUUCUUUUAUUAAAAAUAAGAGUCUUCAACUAGUUUCUCACCAACAGCCCCCCCCCCCCCCCCCCCUCCCCUCCUUUUCCCAAACCAAUUUUUCAUUAAAACAAUUGAACUAUUAGUAAAGAAUAAUUUAUAUCUGAUAUUAUUAUGUUAAAAUUAUGGUGAUUUUCAGGUUUUAUUGCACUAUUAGCUUGUCAUCCUUCAACUUAUUAAAAAAAGGCUUCCCACAG